ACGUUAUGUCACAAUCUGCGAGAGCGUUCAACGAUACAGACGUCGCCCAUAACAACUCAACAGUGGCAAAAUGGCGGCGCUCAGUAUGGGAGCGUUUGGCGCUUACAAACAUGCGUAUAGUAAAUAUGUGCAGGAUUUAGAACAACGCGAAAAAGAAAUUUUAGAUGGAGAACAGGAGGCUCCGGAAGUUGAAACUGUUUGGAUAACUAAAAGAUAUGCUCCAACCGACUUACGCUUAAGCGCUCCAGUUCCUCGCCACAAGCUCUUGGCGCCAAGGCAAUUGCCCGUGCCAGAGCGUCACUGGAUGCCAGCCGGAGACCCUCCACUUAGAAGUUUUGAGAGAAGCACCUCGGCUUUAAUCUACAGAUCUCAUCAGUCGACCAGAUGUGAGGAUUACUCAACUCUUCGACAAAUGCUCCCCUCUGAAGGAAGUGUCAGAAAAAUUAAUCCCCCAAGCUGGGGAACCAGUUACUCCCUGCCUCCAUUAUGUAUUGAUAGACCGGCCAAAAGAUUUCCGUUAGUGAACAGCCCUAUGACCAGAUACGUUGAUGAUAUGCACCUGACCAACCGACUCUUUAAGCUCCACUAGCGCCCUCUACAGUCAGCCUCGAUUCCAUUUUUUUGUCAUUUGCGUGCUGCAAUCAAAUUUGUGUGUGUUCAUUUUCUUUCAUAUACGUAUUCGUAAAAAAUUAGUACUAUUUGUAAACAUUCUUGUUUGUGGUUUCUAUCUUAGUUUCUGGUCUUAAAAACUUAGCAUUGCUCAAGGUGUUUGUAUACUAAAUUUUAUCUUAAACAUUCUUUUUAUUCUAAAUGUAUGUGUAUAAGAAAUUGCGCUAUCUUUUCAUAAUAGUUUAAUUAUGAUUUACGUCAGUUAAAGAGAUAAAGAAGCAGAAAUUGGAAAUGCAUUUUUUUCUUCUGAAUAUGUUAAGACUCUAUGUAAACAGAACUUUAUGACCAGGUCUUAUUUUAAUGGAUAUUAUAAAUCAAAUAACUGAAAACUGUAUUUUCGGCAAUAUCGAUUCUACACGUUUUUUUUUACAACGAAGAUUUCAUUUAUUUUACUUAAUUUUUUUUUAGGAAUAAGAUUGUUUGAAAUAAUUUAUUUCGAUACACUAUUUCUGAAUAGCACACUGUUUUUGAAAGCGUUUUUAAUUAUUUUUUUCGUCAUGUCUGUAUUAUGAAACGCAUGCUAGGGUAACCUAUAUAAAUUAUAUUAGAAUUAACCUUCAAGACAAAAAAUACUGUAUAAAUAUUGCUGUAUAAACUUAUUGCCUGUAGGCUUCUUUUUAAUCAUCACAGUGAUUACUUCCCUUGGCAUAUUGUUCUGAAAAGGGGAGAUCACUGCGUUGGAGAUUAUCUGGAAAAAUUGUAAAAUAAUAAUGAUAUGGAAUAUAUGUAUGUAGAUGGUUAGUGUACAUUUGGAAUUUUUAGAGAGAAAGAUAUGUUGUAAAUUCACAUAAAAUGUGACGUUUUACUUCAAUUUUUUUUUUAUAAAAAACAUUAAUUUAUAAAUUAUGUAUGUACAAUUAUACUUCACUUUAGUCGCAUCAUCAGUAUUAGGAAAUAUUUCAAAUGUCAGAAUAGGGUAAAUCUGUUGUUAAACACUAUAUAUUUUAGUAUUAAACAAACGCUUUAUUUAUUAUUUGUUGUACCGAGCAGUAUUAUUUUAUAGUAAA